AUGGUGCGCCCACAUUCGGCUGGAAAUGGCGAUUCGAAGAAGCCACUGCCGUCCGCCGAUUCUCAGCAACAGGCAGCAAUGUUACGACCCGAUCAUCACGAUUCUGCUCCCCACAGUAGCAAACCUACCUCUCCUUGGAAGCUUACAUUUGGCAAGAAUAUACUCUCGGACAGCGCGAAGGGCAGCGGUGGAAUUACGGGUGGUUAUUCGCCAGGAAGCAAUAAUAACAACAGUGUACGGAUGAAGCCGUCCUCGCCUGACUCCUCCGGCGUCGAACGCAGCAGCAAUGCUUUUAAUCCUGGUCGUGAAUUAGCUAAACAUGAAGAUGACUAUGAUCCAAGGAUUCGAGGAAACCGUUUUCAUGAUUUCUCCGCCCCACGGCCGAGACCGAAUGUACCCAUGAUGAAACAGCAGGCUGUAGAUAGUCAACCAGUGAAUGUGCAGGAUCUCCAAAAUAAGAAUCUUCCGCCUGUCCUUCUUUCUCCAGCGGACAGUUUGAAGAAUGAGAACAAUGAAUCACUUGUUAAUAGUGACAGAAGCCAUACGGAAACUCCGUCGACUGGGCGUACUCCAUCCUCUGCCCGGCUGCAUUCUGCCGUAGAUCCACACGAUAAACCGCUGCCUUUACGACAAGCAAGCUCCAGGAAACAACAAGGGCAUAGGGCCUCGAUGUCUUCUGACCUCAGGUCCUCUAGUACAAGGUCCAAAGCGUCAACGGUCUACGAUGGCUCGUUUCAACCUUCGGGUUUACCCAGACAUCUCACGAGCAGUGCAUCCCGAUUUAGUUUUGAUAUGGCAAACGGAGACUCAGCGUCCCAGGAGCGUAUUAUGGAGGAGAAACACAAGCAGAAAGAAGCUGCUAAAAGAGCAAAAGCCCAACUCGAUCGGGCGAAUGAUUCUGACUCUGAAGAAUUUGACUACGAUGCCAUGAUGGAUGAUGAUGGGUUGGAAGAGAGGAUUCCCGGCGUGAAUGCCGAUGCAGACUCUGGAGAUGAGUUUGAUGGAUUCACGGGCCAGGGACAUGUGUUUGGGCACCCGGGCAAUCAGUUGUUCGUACCUGUAUUGCCUCCUGCACUAUCUAAUCCUAUGAGUCCGCUGGAUUUGAACUAUUCCACGCCUCUCUCGCCAGUGAACGACAUGCCAACCCCGCUAAUGAUAAGUCCUAACCCUGUAUUUGCUGGGCUUAGCUCCGGGACUGGCGGUAUCUUUCCGCCCAAUGGUCCACUAACCAACAACACUGCUUUCUCUCAGAGUGCUACAGACGCUUCGGCAGCACCUACCGAAACAUGGCUCCAACGACCUUCCCCGCUUUUUAGCCAAGGUGUGGAGGAAAGGUCUUCGGUUUACCCUGAAAGCGAUGAAGACGAUUUGUAUUUUGACGAUGGCAUGAUUGAUGAUAUCUUGGGGGAUAUUGAUGGCGAAAAGUUCGACGAAUCGGUUUUCGACGAUGAGACCAGUCAUCUCUACGAACGGAAGCCAAAAUGUAAUCCCCAGUUGCAGACGGGGCCUGGCAGUGACGGGAUCGCAGUGGGUAAUGAUCAACAGAUAGAAGAGUAUAGUGUCAACGAUGAUGAGGAGGAUGGAAAGAUUCCUCUUGCAGUCCAGAGCAGUCUGAUGCACCUCAAUAUAUCUCUCAAGAACGGGGGUAUAAGUGAAGUGACGGGGCAUUUGACAGAGCAGGAAAUUCACCCAAGAACCAUCCGUGGCCUGACACAAGGGAAUCUCGAGAAAUACCACAGCGCCCUCGCCAAGGCCGCCAACGAAGCCGCGCUCAACGGCCGAUUUGAACGAAGCGGCAGUGUCAGCGAAAGGUCUAGUGAUGCAGGCAACGCACCGCUUUCACCCGACUCCCAUCCAGGCCUUACCGCUGAUGACAGCCGCGUCAGCCAAAACGUCGACCCGAUGGCCUUUGAAGAAGUUUUCGAUGACUUCGACUAUAACGACGACUACCUCGACGACGACGCGAUAAUUGCAGCCGCCAAUGCAGAAGCCCUCGAGAACGACGACGAGGGCUUCUACGGGCAAGAAUUCGGAUUUUACCCACAAGCUCUAGCCAGCAACUGCGACGGACAGAUGGUGCUGGGAGGCUAUUUUGGCACGCGCAGCGUCGAGGGCAUCACGAGGAGCCAUAGCGGCCGUGUCAAUUUCCAAGAGCCCAGCCUCACGCCCAUUACUGAACUUAGCGAGUGGAGUACGCGAAACUCGAUCAUUUCAUUGACGGCGCAUGCUGCUGCUUCUGCUGGCGGUGCGGGUGCAUCAUUCACAAACCCUCCACCUCUGGCACAUCUUGGUGAUCUGGGCAAUAUCGAUGAUCAGAUGAAUGCCCUUAUGAAGCUCAGGCGCGGGGCGUGGGGAGGAAGUAAUGGUAGCUUGCGGAGUAGCUCAGCCAGCCAUGGUGGCUCUCCUGUCGCGGCUACCGUGGCAGCGGCGGCAUCCAGCCGGGGGAGCUUUACUAGUUUCCACGACAUGUUGGCUGAGCAAGGGCGAAGCGGCAGUAGCGGCAGCAAUCACAACACCAACACCAAUAAUCACGGUAAUAAUUCUAAUACGGUGUUGACUGGGUCACCGGUGGCCAUGGAAAGUACCAGCUAUGGCAGCAGCAGCAGUUUCCCCCACCCGCAGCAGCAAGUCUAUUCUUAUUCCCAUUCCCACCCACAUCGCAAUCACCAUCAACAGCAGAAUCCUCAUCAUUCGGACAAUGAUUUCUCACCCAUUUCCUCCGCCUCCACGUGCAAUUAUAUAACCACACCGUCCGACAAGGAUAAACCCCUCUCUCCACUCAAAUACUCCGAGCAAAAGCACCAUCAUCACGACCGUUCCCGUCUCCCACUCGAAGCAGAGCCUGACGAAACCAAGGUCACCGACGCCACGGCCACAGCCACCUCUGAUUCCAAAGAGGACAGCAACACCGCCGCCAGCACCAGGAUAUCCCAGCACAGUCGCGCCAACAGCACGACCGAGAGCAUCAGCUACGUCAAGGAGACUGAUGAGGCGGGCGGUGACCGGUGGGUUCUUGAGAGGCGGCGGACGAGUGAGAGUGGAGAGCGCGAGGUUGUGGAGAGGGAAGUUAUGGCUAGCGGCCUGAUAUGA